AUGGGUUCCUACGCGAUGGAGUUUGAUAAGCAAAUGUUCGACCUCUACACUGGAAUAAUAGAGAAUGCUUGGGGCCUUCCCCUUCUGGAAGCCCUCGGCUCGGAUCUUCUACCUAAUGGAGAGCGCAACAUUGAAAAAUGGAAUCCGGAAUUUCUUGUAGCACUGGAUAAUUUGUCUUGUUAUACCACAGGCGACCCCAAACUUGCACUUCAAGAGAUUAAGGCUGCUAUAUUAGUGCGCACACGUGGCCAUCCGGAUACCACUGCUGCUAUGACAAUCGACGAUGUAAAGAUGGCUACAGACAUGGUCAAAGAGAAGCGACUAGUGGAAGAGCACGAUGAAAAGUCACGUCUGACGACCCGUGAAAGUGAGAGGAAACUGGAUGAAUGGGAAGCAGCAAGGAGUGGGGCAGUAUUGGGACACAUGCCCGGCUCGGACGAUGAUGGUUUUUGGGUUGAUAUCGAAGCUGAAGAAAAAGCCUAUCGAGAAUUUGUACAAGAACGGGGGCUUGGACAGGCUGACCGGGCGGAAGGGUCGGAAUCUCGCGGGGUCUCUCUUCCUCCUCGAACACCAUACACUGCAGGUCGAGCACCAGCUAUUCGGAAACUUGACAAAGGCAAAGGCAGAGCAAAUGCUCUUACAUCAGCUGCCGAUUCGAUUACAUCACUAGAUAACUGCAAACCGGACAAAGGAAAAGGCAGAGCGAAUUGCCUUGCAGCGAUUGCCGAUUUCGAUACAGCUCUACAGAAAACGAUGCCUCCUCGAGCUAAGCGCAGCUACUCAACAGAGAUUGCAACGGGUGGGAAUCCAAACACCAUAAAACGCGCUCGGAAAGGACAGCAGACAGUAUCUGUCACGAUUCAAAAGUAUACGAAGGCCCCAUCGGUGACAGGCGAAUGCGAAACUGUUCCGCCAUCGCUACCACCACCACAGACAUCACAGACAUCCUCACAACCAGCCGGAUCAAAGCCACCAGAGCCAGAGCCAACGAAGAAACAAACCGGCAAACAGCACCAUCCCGACACCCACUCAACAUCCCAUACACCAGCCGCUCCCACCGCCCCCUCCAUUUUCCUCUUGAACCAGCCCAUCUCCGCCCUCCCAGCCCUUGCCCCAAUCUCGCGCACAGCACUACCAGCCAACGCAUCAGUGCAAGAUCGCAUCACGGCUUACAAGCUUGAAUUCGAGGCUGUGGAGCAUAGGGGACAUGCUCAUUUGGAGAUGGCUAAGGCGUACAUUGAGAAUAGCAAGGGGAGGGUGUGUGCGGCGAGGAAGGCUGAGAUUAGGAGGGAGAUGUUUGUUUUGGAGGUGGGUAAUCGGAAGGGUGAUUUGGGGAAGGGGAAUGAGUGA